GUGACAGAAAAGGCAAGCCAAACUUAUUUAACUGAUUGAUUUCUAUUCUGUUUCCAUUCAGAUAACUGAAGGCACCUCUCUUCCAAAGUCAAUGAAUGAAAGAAAUUACUCUCGUGUGACAGAGUUUGUGCUGUUGGGUCUGUCUAGUUCAAAGGAGCUCCAGCCUUUCCUGUUUCUCAUAUUUUCACUGCUGUACCUAGCAAUACUGCUGGGCAACUUCCUCAUCAUUCUCACAGUGACUUCAGACUCACGACUUCAUAGCCCCAUGUACUUCCUGCUUGCAAACCUAUCUUUUAUAGAUAUGUGUGUAGCCUCUUUUGCUACCCCCAAAAUGCUUGCUGACUUUCUGGUUGAACGAAAAACUAUAUCUUUUGAAGCCUGCUUGGCUCAGAUUUUCUGUNUCCAUCNAUUUGNUGGUGGUGAAAUGGUACUUCUUGUAUCCAUGGCCUAUGAUCGCUAUGUUGCAAUAUGCAAGCCCCUCCACUACAUGACAAUCAUGAGUCGCCGUGUGUGUAUCACUCUGGUCAUCAUCCCCUGGUUUGUGGGUUUCAUCCAUACAAUGAGCCAAUUGGCAUUCACUGUUAACUUGCCAUUUUGUGGUCCUAACCAGGUGGACAGUUUUUUCUGUGAUCUCCCACUGGUGACCAAGCUAGCUUGCACAGACACUUAUUUUGUCAGCUUACUAAUAGUUGCAGACAGUGGUGUUCUCACCCUGAGUACAUUUGUCUUCUUGGUCAUCUCCUACACUGUGAUUCUCAUUACUGUUAGGAAUCGUUCCUCUGCUAGCAUGGCCAAGGCCCGAUCCACCCUAACUGCUCACAUCACUGUAGUUGUACUAUUCUUUGGACCAUGCAUUUUUAUUUAUGCAUGGCCCUUUAAUGGCUAUUCAGUUGACAAAGUCCUUGCUGUGUUCUACACUAUCUUCACACCUAUUUUAAACCCACUUAUCUAUACUCUGAGAAACAAAGAGGUGAAAGCAGCUAUGUCAAAGCUGAGGGGUCGCUAUAUGAAGCCUGGACAAGUUUCUGAAUUAAUAAGAAAUGUUCUUUUUAUGUAAAAAAAAAAUAAAGUUGCAGUAUUGACAGC